GUGUCUGAAGUUAUAAGACCCUAGUCCCGGAAUUCUUCCCCAACUCCAUGUAUCAGUAGGGGCUAGGAGCUUUAAGAGCCCUUCUCUCACGGCCCACGGGAAACCCACCCGCGGACCAGCCACUGGGCCUUUGUCUUCCAGCAGUAACUAGCCUUCGGGACAUCGAACUCUGGGAGUUAGAGACCCGGGCAAUCGAGUGUCUAUGUGUGAGUGUUUGUGUGUGUGUGUGUGUGUGUGUGUGUGUGUGUGUGUGUGUGUGUGUGCACACGAGCGCGCCUGCGUUUGUAUCUGGGGAGGGUUGGGGAAGGGGGGUCGCUCCCUGGUUUUCUAGUUUUUCCCACGAAUUCAACAGAUCUCCUAGAACAAGCCUCUGGGUUUUGUUCCGAAGGCGUUUGUUGAGAUUUUUCGCACCUCUCUGGCUGUAUAAAACCGAAACUACAAUCCGGGCCGCCGAGUCUCUCCUAGGCAGGGUGUUAAGGCAAGAAGGUAGGGGAUCCGUUGAUUUAUGGCUCUGCCGAAACUGUGUUUACUUGCUUCCUGCUCUGGGAACCCAAAACCAAACAGAACACAGGCAAAAGAGAAAAGAAACCUCUCUCCCCAAAGUGGGCGGCAGCGAGGCCCCCUCUUUUGCUUUGAGACUUAUUUUACCAGAUGUGGAGAGAUCGUGGGAAUUUCCUCUAUUUCCAUGGAUGGAUGGAUAGAUGGAUGGAAGGUGGUGGUAGUGGUGGUGGUGGUAGUGGUCUGUAUGUAUGUGCGUGGCUAGGAGAAGGAGAGGAUUUGCCACUCUUCUUUUCAGGCGUUUGGGAAUUUAUUGUUGGACAUUCAUUCCAGCUUUUCUUGCAGAUUUUGCUUCCUCUGUAUGUGUUUUUUCGUUUGCAACAUAAACUAUCUCGUUGUUUUAGACAUAUAUAGAUAUAUGUUACAAAAUAACACACACAUAUGUAUGUAGAUAAAUUCAACUAGCUAUAUAGUUAUUACCCCCUUUUCUACCCCAGUCUUGUACUGAAAACGCCCAGGCCUGGCUAGAAAACAGCGUUGGGCUCCAAGCACUAUCUUUCUCUCCCCCUCCUCUUUCAGUCUCAGUCUACUGGCUUCUGAUCUUCACUUUGAAUCUUUAACCCGGCGUGGGCGUCGGAACUGAGGGAUUUGGAAGAUCUUUUGACUAGAAGGAAAAAAUCAGGAGGGUUAGGGUGGUACAAGGAAGGAGAAUGGCUGAUGGUUUAAAGAUUUGUUCUGUCUCUGUGCGUAUUUUUCCAAGAGGCCAAUGUGUCCCUUUUUCCGGUUUGGAGGGAGUGAGAGAAAGAGAAAGAACAGGAGAUGAAGAAGGAAAAAGAGAGGGAUUGGGCAAGGGAGAAUGAGAAAGAGACAAGAGAUAGAGAGACCCAGAAAGAGAGACAGAAGAGAGACAGUGACAGAGGCAGAGACAGAUAGAAAGAGAUGGAGAUAGAAGUUUUGCCCUUCCAGUUGCCCAUCUCCCCAGGCGAAGCAGUGGCUAUUGGUCCCGGCCCAGACACCUGGCUUUGGUUAGAAAUUGCUUUGCAUUAAAUUUUCUCAGCCGCAGAAUUAUCUUUCCUCGCCUCCAGCUAAACUUGCAUUUUUUUUUACCAGAAGCUUGCUCCAUGUGCACCAAUGAAAUCCGAGAGGAAGCCACCGGCCCUAAGUGGCCGUAAUUUAAUUGAUUUUAUCAUAAAUCAUCAACUUGAUGAAGAACCCGAGGUUUCAUUGAAGUAAAUUGAUAUUAAUGGGCGUUUCUUGAAAUUCAAACUCCCAGCAUUGUUGAGGGAUCUUGGGUUGGGAAGGCGAACAGCCCAUUUCCCAAGAAGCUUCAGGAACGAUUCUCCAGCCAACGCAUUACAGCUUGGCAGAGUCCGAACCCCAGGAGAGUGAGGAAAGGAGUAGGAAAGUAAGGGGAGAGCUACAUGCACCCUCAGCCUGCUUUCGAAUGAUGUUAGUGGGGGAGUGGGGUUCAGAGAGGGAAGAAUUUCUGAGAGAUCUUUCAGCCUAAGCUAUCCAAAGAGAAGAAGGGAGCAGAGAGGACGAAAAGAGGGAGAAGGGUCCCAGAUCAGCUCGAAAAUUGCUUAUUGGAGGCAGGAAGGAGGUUAAAUAUAAGGAGUUACUGGAAAAAGUGGUGACUGUUGUGGGGGGGGGGGUUGGAAGAAUGGGAGAAUAAAGGUCCUGGAUAGGCACAAUAGGAGCAUUGAUUCCCUGUUAAAAAUUGCCAGUUCAGAGGUUUUCUCUUCCAAUUAAAAAUUAAUUAUUUACCGAGUGAGGAUGCUACUACACCGAAUGGCGCUUUUGAUAUGGUGAUGAGCUUGGGAAAUCCGUACCAGAGCAAUGAGACAGAAGCCCACACAAACUUUGUAUGUGUUAGUAUGUAAUUGGGUAGUUGCAAGGCACAGAUAUUUGUGUGGGAAGUCUUGACGAGAUAUAUUCUAUAACUUGUCAAAAUAGUAUCCUUUCUUUUUAUUGAAUAAACUUGGAUCUGUUUUUCUUUAUCAACUAGUAUUUGCACCAACACAAAUACUGUAGAUUUUUGCAACAUGCCUUUAUUAUAUUAAACAUACCUACAACAUAAAUAUAAUUUCUGACAUGUAUAUCUAUCCAUGAAUGUGGAUGUACUUCAUGGAUGUAUAUGGCUAUACAUAGGUCAAUAGAUAUAUACAGAGUGUUCUAAAAGACUUAUUGCAGUUUUUAAAUACUGAAGUUUAGCAUUGCACUAAGGAUUUUGGGACACCUUGUAUAUAUAUGUGUCUGUCUAUGUAUAUAUACAUAUUAGGCAAAUAUGUGUUGAAUGUAUAUCUUUCAUAGAAAGUAUUAAGUACUAGACUCUAUGAGUCAUACAAAUUCUGCAUAGGCAGCAUAUUCCUUUUGCAAACUUAAGCCAUUUCAAAUAAUUUGAAUUGCAGGCUCCAGCUCUUUCCUCUUUCUUGCUCUCUCAGGCUUCAUAUUUAGUUACGAUUCUGGGUGAUGCUCUUAGACAGAGCAGGAUGGAGAUGGAAUAUUAGGUGUAGAUAGUAGGGACAGGGAUGGUCAGAAGAGGGCCAACUGAACUGAAUGAGGUUGGAAUCUCAUUGGAUCUUGGAUAAAGGACUGGGCCUUUUAAAGGAUGAGCAGUGUUUCAGAAUUGAGUUUUCUGCUCUAUAAUUUCACCUCCUACCUAUCCAAUACAAGGGAAGCUUGCAGUGUAACCUAUUAGGUCUCUGGAAAGAUGCUCAGAACAGAACAAAGUUAUUCCAGGAGGUGCCCUCAGCUCACUGCCACUGCUUUCAAAACAGACUCAAACCUGACUGGGGAAAGACCAGUAGACUUAGGGCAGAGUGUACCUCUCCCCUAUCAUUUUUUAACACCCUAAAAUACUUCUCUGGAGCCAGAGUUGAAAGGAAGUACUGUAGGGAAGGGAAAGCUACUUUCUUGAACUAUGGGGCACUAUAUUAUGUAACGGUAUUUAUAAACAUGUUUUAUUUGACUACAAGGCUUGGAGUUGGGGAUAUGGAGGAAGAGAGAGGAAUCGAAAAUUUUAAGUUUGAUUGAUACAUGAGAGAAAGUUUAUAGAAGUCACCAAAAAGUGUUGGAGGAAUCUAUAGGGGGUAUUAAGAAGAGAAAAAAGACAUAGUUGGUCCCCCUCUCCCUUUGACUCUUCAGGAGAACAUUAGAUCAUCCUUAAAGGUUCUAGAGAAUUUAGGGCUUCUUAAAUGUGUAAAGAACAAAUAAUCUGUUUUCUAAAUCCUCACAACUAAAACUCCCACAACCCCAAUAAUUCAUUGGAGGAAAACAAGAAAAAAAAACAGAGGCAGAGACACACAGGGAGAUGGAGGCCUAUAGUCUAUGGGUGGGAGGGGAGAGGAGGCAGGCAGUUUUGGGCUCAGUAAUUUGCCCUAAGCGAAUUGUCAUAGGAUCCUAGGCUUUGGGUUUUUUAUUUGGAGGCAAUUCAAAAGUACUUCCGUUGAUUGGUCAUUAAUCCGGUGAGUUAUUGUCUGCUAAACAGAGGUCACUGGGAGAGAGACAUCUAAUCUGUCAAGAGAAGUCUGGCUCAAAUAUUUUCCUGGGCCAGGCUCCUAUUUCUACCUUUUUUCAUUUCUCUGUUUCCUCUUUCUUCCUCCUAGUGUGGGUAUGUAUCUUGUUUUUAAUGUGUGUUUUUUUCACCUUCUCUUCUUGGCAAGAAGAGAACCAGCAUAGACUGAACUGCCUCUUCCCCCUUAGCUCUAUGCCCCUUUGUCUUGGGGGUUCUCAGAGUUUAGGGUGGGGGGAGGGGUUACAGAGGCCUUAGAUGGACCCUACCUCUCACACACUCUCUCACACAUACACUCAAGCACAAAACAGCAUCUCCCACUUAAAGGGGGCACUCAUUCUCCAAUACCCAAGUUUCCAUCUUUCAAGCCUCAGGAAUGAAGACCAGCAUCACUCAAAAUUCUAUUGUGGAAACUGGCAGCAAUUCCUAGAGUUUCUUGGGCUUGGUUGACUCCUUCCACAUCUCAACAUGUUUCCUAUAAAAUAGAACAAUAAGGCUUUACAUAGAUAUUGUAUAAUGCUUUUUGGUUUUUGUUUGUUUGGUUUGGUUUCUACCGCCCUGGGCAAGAGAGGUUCAAAUGUGUUUUUAGCACAUGGCUGGAAUUCUUUCUCUGCUAGAAGAUUACAGUUUCUUUCCUUGGCUCCUGAUUUUGCGUGGUCAGGUCCCUGCUGUCCUUGGGUUUGGGGGGGUCCUUGGGGAGAGCUACAGAAGUACGGUUCCAUCUAUUCUCCUGUUCUUUUGUUCCAGAGCGAGCAGUAGCUGGGGUGACUCCUCCCCCUCUCCCACCGCACCCCCAGGAGGAGAGAAGUGAGGACAGAGAUUUUAAUGCCUAGAACCGUCCUUCGGUGCCAAAUCCUCCCCCCGCCUCCCAACCCCACCCCCUUUCCCGUUUUGCAGUCUUGGAGAUCUUUAUUCGGAAGAAAGGAUUAUUACUAUUAUUAUUUUUAAAGGAUCUUCCAUAACCCGAGGCCAGUAGAGCAAGGGGGAGGGGAAGCUGCGUGUGCGCAUAAUAAAUUUUUUAAAAUUAUUGCAAGAGGUCUCUGAGGCUCCUCAGCUCUGCCUGCCAUCUCGGCUUCAGGAAAUCUUUCCCAGUUUGGCCCCGGGCCUGCUUUGGAUCAAGCGAGGUGGCAGAUUCUGCCUCAUCAGUGCACCUCGAGAGGCCUGGAGGAAGGAAGAUUCUGCGGCUCCAGAAAUGAAAACUCCGUUUAAAAAAGAAAUUUUAGUUUCUUAUUGCGUUGCUUGUUUGUUUCCUUCUCUUCUCUUCCGUCUGUUUACUUGGAGUGGGAGAUGGGAGAAGCCUUUGUUGAUAUCUAGAAAAGUCCCGAAAAGAUUCAGUUGCGAAUAUGUGUGUGGGAUGGGAGAAAUACAAUUCAGGGAAAUUUGGUCAUUUUCCACUCUCUGGUGAACGAAUCUGGGGCCAGGAAUGAGGUAAAGGAAAGGGUUGUGCCUUUUGGUUCAGACUUAAUACCAAGAAAAAAAUGUUAAAGCGUGGAGUAUAGAUUUUUUUCAUUAGAAAGAUUAAUCUUUAUGUUUCUCAUUUAAUCUCUCCUCUUCAAUUCAAAAUAAUUCCGGUUUCCUUGGUCACAAAUCUGUUCCUUCAUCCUUGAAUCUGAAUAGUGGGUUGUUUUCUUUCAGUUCUGUGCAGAAUCGGCUCAGAGAGCCUCACUCCUGUGUUCCAGUUUCGAGGUUCCCCUCAAAUAGAAGCCUUCUCCCCUCCUUUUGCAUUUCUCCCCCCGUCUUCACCUCCUGAAAGGCUUCAAGCUCACUUGUGCCUGGCUUGCUACUUUCCUCUUCCAGCCCAGCCCCCCACCCCCCAAUCUUUCAAAGUAUUUUGAGAAGUGGAGGUAAGAGAAGUUUAAAAGGAGCCAGGAAGCGACAACAGAAACUUCAAAUGAAAUGGGCACCAUUCCAGUUCGGAUGCUCUUUUCCUAGAUUAUCACUACUUUCACCAUUUCCCUUUCCUUGGUGGCAAUGGGAAAUUAGGAGGAUCUUUUAGCAUCCAACUUAAAAAGCUACUAAAUUCUAAAGUUCCCAUCAACUCUUGGCUUUUGUAAAAUAUAUGAUUCCCUGUAUCCCCUUCACUGUUCCUUCAAAUACCAGACACUAUGCAGUUAAGGAGGUCCUUAUAAUUCUUUUCAGAAUGUUUAAUAUUGAUUGAUUUUUUUUUCUUGGAGUUAACACCUCCCCCACUUCAUCUCCAUUCUCUGACAAAAAGAAACUGUAAGUUGUUGAGUGCCUUUUAUCACAGAGUCAAAGGAUAAGAUAUCAGACAUAGGCUUCUUGAGAACUCCUCCCCAGAAGCCACAACCAUAGACAUAGACCAUCUCCCUGUUCUAACUCUGCCGCAGCUCUAGACAGCAACUCAGCAGAUCCCAGGACCUCUUAAAAGAAACAACAGCAACAACUUUAAAAAGUGAACUGAAACUCCCCCUGCCCCAACUCACCCCAGCAUCUCUGUGCCACUUUUCUUCUGAAAAAUAUGGAAGGGCUCCUUUCUCUGGGGAUAGCAAGAACAACAACAACAAAAAAAGUACCUUACCAGUUUGAGACAGAGCCUUUCCAAUCCACAGGCUUCAAAGAUUCUGUUGUUGUUAUAAUAACUAUGAUCAUAAUUUGUAUUAGUAGUAGUAGUGUUUUAAAGAGUGAAUCAAGAAUCGGGUAUUUUUAAAAGUACUUGUUCUUUAUCAGUUUCUUAUAAUUUUCUAGAUCCUCAUCCCCAUUCCUUGUGUGGUUCCUUAUUUCCAAAUGGGGAUUAAGAUGGCAUAUAUAUAUAUGGAGGAGGGUGUUAGUGGGAGCAGAGUUGUAAUUUUUUCCUCUAGCUAACCCAAAUUGUGUCUAUAAGGGUCUAACAGACACUAUCCAGAACGUUUGCUUCAAUCUGGAUCUCAGAUACUAGGAUGAUCCCAAAAAUCUCUUUUAGAGGUCACCGGAGUGUGUGUUAGGGGAGACUGAGGGACAUUUUCUAGACAAUUAAUUUUUUUAAUGUUGCAAUGGUUCUCACCUCAGCAACAUCUUCCCUUCCCAACUCUCCCCCCACACACUUCUUUCUUCACUCUCAACUACCAACUUUCCGAGAAGUCAAGGGAAUCCACCCGACCUUUUAUAUCCAAAGCUGUCCGAUCUUGCUGUGGUCGCUUCUGUUGUCACUGAUGUUGCCUAUAUCUCUACCACUAGGAAGGUAGAGGAGAUAACCCAAAAGGGUGUCCAUAGGAGCUGCCAGAGAUAGUGGAAAUGCAGGAAUGCUCCUUCCCAACACAUUCUGGGCCUGAAAUUCAUUCUGGAUCUGUUGCUUGAUGUUCUUGCCUUGAGAGAUGGAUUUGGGGUAGAAGUGGAACUUGGUCACUUUCCGAAAGAGAUGAAUUUGUCUCCAGUCAAAAUUAGAGGCUUUAAUGGGGGGGGGAGAGUCUUCAUGGGGUUCAGGGGGAGAGAGGAACAGUUGUAAAGAGUCCCUCUUCUGGGUUGCCUGUCUUCUUUAAUGGUGCUUCCAAAAGGGAUAAGUCAAAAGUAGAAGAGGGGUUUUCUAAUCAGAAUGGGGGAGGGUGGCAAAGAAGGGGAAGAGGGAAGGAGAGAGAGAGAGAGAGAGAGAGAGAGAGAGAGAGAGAGAGAGAGAGAGAGAGAGAGAGAGAGAGAGAGAGAGAGAGAGCAUGAGCUUCCAUUUACCUUUGAUUUAAUCCUUCUAAAUUCAGAGUCAGCAGAUAGGCAAAGUGUAAAACACUCUUUUUUUGUGUUCUGGCUUUCUUUCUCCCCUAAAGGGAAUAAAUCCUCCGCUGGGAUCCCCAGCCCCUCCCCUCCCCAGUCCCUAAAUCUGCAGACACCUACAUUCUUGGCUCCUGUUCUCCUCCUACGCAGUUCCAGCCUGGGCUUCUUUUCCUGUCCCUACACGAAAUCCGUCCUAAGAGAAAGUUUCACUUUUGCAGUUACCCUGGUUUACCGAGAGAGCCAUAAAUCUUGGGUGGCCUGGAGAAACAAGCAGGGGAGAUUUCUCGCCUACCGCUCGCGUUGGGUCUCGAUGUGAAUAUAUAUUAUGUCUGCCUGUUCUCCCCUCGUCGGUGGCUAAGGUCAGCGGUUUCCAACAAACCAGUGGAGGAAGGGGGGUUGGGUGGGUGGGGGGGUCCGGCACAUCACGUGACCCGGGGGUGCCAAUGUCCAGUCCUGAGGGUAUCAGGCCCUUGCAAGUUGCCACCCGUCGCCCAGGGCUCGUCCAGAGAUGCAGAAAGCGACCUACUACGACAACACAGCAGCUCUGUUCGGAGGUUAUUCCUACCCUGGAAGUAAUGGCUUCGGUUACGACGGGCCCACCCAGUCCCCCUUCCAAUCAGCCACGCAUUUGGAAGGAGACUACCAGCGUUCUGCCUGCUCUCUCCAGGCUCUGGGCAACACGGCCCCCCAUGGCAAAAGCAAAGAGUUGAACGGCAGUUGUAUGAGGCCUGGUUUGGCCCCAGAGCACCACUCGGCCCCUGCUCCGGGUUCGCCCCCUCCCAAUGCCGCCCCAACCAGCACCAGUAGCAACAGCAAUAAUGCCAGUGGGCCCAGCAAAAACGUUCCCCCCAAAUGCGGCCCUGGCUCCAACUCCACCCUCAGCAAACAGAUUUUUCCCUGGAUGAAAGAGUCGAGGCAAAACUCCAAACUGAAAAACAGCUCCCCCAGCACAGAAAGCUGCGGCGGCGGCAGUGGCAGUGGUGGAGGCAGCGGAGGCGGAGGGGGUGGGGGUGGGGGUGGCGGAGGAGGCGGGGGAGGGGACAAGAGCCCGCCGGGAUCUUCGGCCUCCAAACGAGCCCGGACAGCUUACACCAGUGCUCAGCUGGUGGAACUGGAGAAGGAGUUUCAUUUCAAUCGCUACCUGUGCCGGCCUCGCCGGGUGGAGAUGGCUAACUUACUCAACCUGAGCGAGCGUCAGAUCAAGAUUUGGUUCCAGAACCGACGGAUGAAGUAUAAGAAGGACCAGAAGUCCAAGGGGCUAGGCUCAUCGUCCGGGGGCCCAUCUCCGGCCGGCAGUCCCCCUCAGCCCAUGCAGUCUACAGCGGGCUUCAUGAACGCCUUACAUACCAUGACCUCCAGCUAUGAGACCCCGUCCCCUCCUGCCUUCGGCAAACCCCACCAGAAUGCCUAUGCUUUGCCGUCGAACUACCAACCGCCACUCAAAGGCUGUGCCGCCCCGCAGAAGUACACGCCCAACCCCGCACCUCCCGAGUAUGAACCCCAUGUCCUUCAAGGCAACGGGGGAGCCUACGGUACACCGAGCAUGCAAAGCAGCCCUGUGUACGUCGGUGGGGGCGGGUACGUGGAUCCACUGCCUCCCCCUGCUGGUCCCUCCCUGUAUGGCCUCAACCAUCUGUCCCACCACCCGUCGGGGAACCUGGACUACAACGGGGCGCCUCCUAUGGCCCCCAGCCAGCACCACGGACCUUGCGACCCACAUCCUACCUACACAGACCUUUCUUCUCACCAUGCACCUCCUCAGGGUAGAAUCCAAGAAGCGCCCAAAUUGACACACCUGUGAUGGGAGAAGUGAGGGUGGUGGGGUGGAGGAGCACAAGGAGGAACGAAGGUGUGGGAAAGAGCCAGCAAGACUGAGAUUGCCCAGAAGAGGACAGGAAAGAGGAUAAUAGGGACAUAGAGAGUUUCUCGCGAAGGGAGAGCCUGGUAGGGGGCUGGGGCGAGAAGAUUUUUGCCCCACUCUUCUAGGUCCCCAUAAAACAAAAAUUGCAUUCAAACUCUUACCUCCUUCUGUCUACCAAUUAAAUAACCGAAUCUGGAUCAAGCUAGAGAUCUUAUCCCUCUCCACCACCGGGACCCCCUACUUUCCUUAGUAACUCCAAAGCUCCAAUACAACUUUUAGUUGGACUGCCAUGUUAAGGAAGGGGAGGUUGGAGGAAGAGAAGCUCAGAAAAUUGGAGGUGAGGGUUGUGGAGAAGCACAUUUUAAAAGUGAAGAGGAUGACUUAGCAUAAAAGUAACCAAACUACUUACCUCCCACCUUUCUUGGCCAUCCUAGAUAUCUUCUCAAUUCUCCCUCUUUCUUUAAAACAACAACAACAAAUAUUUCAACUCCCAGGGCACAGAACAGGCACUAACCCCUCUCCUCCAUUCUCUAGCACCUUCAUACUCUGCAACCUAUUCCUUUCAUUUGGACCUUAUCUAAGGCCACCCUUACUCCUCCUCCCCACCUCCCUCCCUUUGCUAGUUCUACAUUCCCUCCCCUCCCCAGGAUUUUAAGAUCUACAUACCUGGUGGUUUUUCCCCUAUUAAAAUUUUUCAGUGGCCUCAGGGAUGCUGAGAGAUCCUGAAAGUCAUAGCUGCCUAUAUUAUAAAGAUAUAGCUAUAUAUAUAUUUUUUUCCUUUGAAAAAUGGCUGAGAGAAGGUAGGCCUGGGGCAGGCAAGUUGUCAGGUCUAAAUAUUCGGCUGUCCUCCCCUGUCCCCACUUUCUCACUUUCCAGUCAAAUCACCAUAUCCUCCCUCCUGUCUUUAGGGCUCCUCACAAAAAAGCAAUCCGGACACAUGGGGUUAGAAGCUUUUUUUUUUUUAAUGAUUAUCAUUGUUAUUUGGUUAUUCUCUUGACUUAACGUGAAAACAGGGUAUAUUUGAACAAACUGUAUAUCCCAGGGCCUGAGCUGGUGCCAGGACCUUUGGUAUGUGCUGGCCUGAUGCUCCUAACUGGGAUACCAUUGUUGCACUUAGAGUUUACAAUUUAAUGGAUAUAAAAACAACUGUGAGAGACGCUUGGGCCCUGAAGAAUCCAGGCGUUGCUCUAAAAGCGUGUGUUCUAGUGAACAUUUUCAUAUAUAUUUAUUGGUUAUAGCCUGUUAAAAUAUUUUCUUUUUUUGUAUUAUUUAUCCCCCUUCCCAAUAUUAUGUAUUUAUAUGAGGGAAAAAAGAAAAUUGUACCUUUUUUUCUUUUAGUAUUUACUUGUUAUAAAGGACAGUUGUGUUUUCUGUCGUAAAACCUUUUUAUUUUAAUUAUUACUGUACUCUAGGAAAGAGCCGUAGAUUUAUGUUACCCUUGUACUUAUGAGCAAUUGUAAUUAGUUCUCUUAAAGGCAUGAACUCAGCUCCUAAUCGUCUCUGUAUAGUCCUGAAUUUGUAGACUUAGAGUUACUCCCUCUUGAAACACUUUCUUUGUUCUUAGGAGUUACUUUUUCCUUACUUAAAAGGGUUGUGUGUCAAGCAAUUCUUGAAUAAACUUUCUGUUAUCAAUUUUA